UCUGGCGCUUUUCUCAAAAUUUUUGCAAAAUAAAAAACAAUAAUUCUCGUCUGCUAAAACUUAUAUUUUCUGAAAAAGUCUAAUAUAAAAAUAGCAAUGUCGUCUGCGUGAAAAUCUUUCAAAGUAUUUUAAAUACCUUUUCUUUCGUUGUCUAAUUAACUUAUACCUUGGAUCAAGACAAAAAAUGUCUAAAGGUCUAGAAAUAAGUUUUGACGAGGAUUUCUUUAAAGAAAAUGACGAUGAAGAGGAAGAAGCUAUGAUAAUUAGUGGUACAAAAGAUAUCUAUGAGAAAGCAGAAGAGUUGCAUUCCUUUCUGAAAGCAUAUUUUGAUGGCACAAAAGAAGAUCUGACUAAAAGCAAUACACACUUUAGUUAUAUUUUGCAGGUACCUCAAAUGUUCUCAUCUUGUUUUAUGAUAGAUCCAUGCUUAAUAAAAGAUCAGAAUGAAAGAGAAGUGAUAUACAAAGAUCUAAAGACUGCUAAAAUCUGUUUGAAAAUUCUGCUUAUGUACUUGGAAUGCCCUCAAACUGUUGAUGCUACAAAAACAAUUAUUCCAACAUCAAUAUCUGUACUUCAUCAAGCUUACAAUCACUGUAAAGUAAGCGAAACCUUCUAUGGUGAACUCUUUGAAGAGUUUACUAAUGAAUUGGGAAGUUUUUAUAAAAAUAUACAAGAUGUACAGAAAGUUACAUUGGGAAGGUUAGACAUUUUACUCACCAACGAUUCUUAUGACAAAAAUGAUAGUAACUCUAUCAUUUUAGUUUCUCGUGGUAUUGGACAAUUGUGUGAACUAUUAUCAACUAUUGACCAAAAUAUUUCUUUGAUUUUUUGGAAAGUUUUCUCAAAGCUUGUGUCAAAAUAUAAAGAUGUUGUUUUGGAGAAAAUAGAAGUAGAUGUUUUCCUAUUACCGCUAGUAUUUAACAUAGAAGAAAUUGUUUCUCGAUGCAUCGAUAGCAUUAAAUCAAAUGAAAAAAUCAUGGAAUCUGAAAUUAAACUCUGCAUUAUGGAACUGAGUUUACUGAAGAAAAUCAUACAAGUGUUCAGUGGGCAUAUAAAAGAGGAAAGCAUAAUACAUCUCAGAAAUCUUUCUUUACAUCUAUUUAACCUUUUACUAUUGACUCAUUCUUUUUCUGCUGCUGAAUCAAAAGAUUUAAACGUGAUAAGAAUAUUAUUGAAAACUGUUAAGCAUGCUAUCACACCCUUUUUCUCUGAUAGUAUGUUUUUUACAUCAGCAUUGCAUUCUAGUCAUAAAGAUAUAUCCCCUGAUUUACAAGUACCUUUAAUUUUACUGAAAUUGACUGCUUUAGAUUGUUUAAAAGUGUACCCAGAACAUUUUCAACUUUUUCAGAAGAAUGUAUUUCUUAUUGAAGUAUUUUCAACUCUUAAAGAGAACACUCCUGAUGAUGACCUCAAACUUAUAUAUUUAAAAAUUCCAUCCACUUUAAUGACAGAUUCCAGUAAAGAAACCCCAAAUUUAGUAACUUUAUACGAACACUGUUAUACCUGCUUAGCUGAAUAUACUAAACUGUUCUUAAAUUGUUCAGAUUCUUCCUUUUUGUUUGACAAAAAUUUAUUAUGCAUCUUUUCUUCAAGCUCUGACAUGGUUUCUCUGCUAAUAUCAGAUGUAUGGAUGUAUUAUUUACGAUCUCUUUCAAUCAAUGAUGUAUAUAAACACUGCAUCACUCUGGCAAAAAUCCUAAAAGAGGAACAAAAUUCAAGAAUCGAGCAAUUUUUUAUACGGAUAUUAAAAUUAUUACCAGAUGAUUUAAAGAUUCGAUUAUUUGAAGAAAAUGAAAAUAUACACAAUUUACUAGGUAUCAGUAGAAUUGUUUCCACUCUUAAUCUAACGCAGAUGGAAAAUUUAUCUCCCGUGACUGAUAUUUGCUCUGAAAGAAUAAUUCCUGUUGUAUGUAUAAAUUACUUUUUCGUUAUUUUUUUUUAUUGAAAC